AUGAACACUUCUCGUCCCUGCAAGAGCUGCAGGAAGAGAACUCUCCUCCCGGAUGAUGUAACAGGCAAUAUGGUCUGUACAUCAUGUGGUGUAGUUCAAGAUUUCGACAAUUUUCAAGCCCAUAUUGGUGGCAUUACCGGCCCUGCUGGCACCUAUGUCCGUGUGGGCACUGCUGGCACUGGCAGUGCUUACAAUUGUAAAGAAAGACUUUCGGGUUCAAAAUCCCAUGAGGUUAAGGUUAUGGUAGAGACAAUUACAACAGGUGAAUAUGGUCAAGGGAAAUGGUUUCCGGUUUUCAUUGGUGCUUGUGCUUAUGUUGUGAUGAGGAUGGAUAAGAAGAUCUUGCCAAUUGAAGAAGUAGUGGAUUUGGUGGGGUGUGAUGUUUAUGAAUUGGGUUGGAUGAUUAACCGAGUUGUGGAUUUUCUUGAUUUGAAGUUGCCGGAAUUUGGAGGAUGUGGUUCAGAGGAUGUUGAAGCAAGGGGUGUUUUUGAUGCAAUGUUUGAUCAAGUGGUUCUUGACCACGGGAAAGAGGCCGUGGCGGUGGUGGCUGCAGUUUUAGUUUUUGUUGGGGAGUUGAAUCAAUUAGAUUUGAAGCUUGAAGAUGUGGCAAAGAAGUUACACUUGUCGAUUAUUACCUGUAGGCGUAGGUACAAGGAACUUCUGGAGAGGCUUGUAAAAGUGGCUCGAGCUUUGCCGUGGGGUGAAGAUGUCACAGUGAAGAAUAUUAUGAAGAAUGCUCCAAAUGUGAUUCAGUACAUGGAAAUGAAGUCGAUGAGCCAAUUUGGUUAG